CGAAAACACGGCGUGUUGUGUGUGUCAUUUUGUUUUUCGAAAAGAUUUUAAAGAAGUCGAAAAACAGGAAAGCUCCAUUACCAAGCAGAUCUCUGGGUAUCUCUGAGCAAGUGAACCAUAGCAGUCAAAGCAAGAUGGCUAAUCUACUGGAACAACAGAUUACUCAAGCCACGAAGGUGAUUGAAGAUCAGUUAGAUGCUGAGAUUCAAAAGCUGGACAAGAUGGAUGAAGAUGACUUUGAGGUUCUCAGACAGAAACGCCUUCAGGCAAUGAAAAAAGCAGCAAAGCAGAAAGAGGAGUGGCUGGCUAAUGGGCAUGGAGAGUACAUGGAAGUGGCUAAUGAGAAAGAGUUCUUUGAGGAAUGCAAAAAGAGCAAGAACGUUAUUUGUCACUUUUACAGGGAUAGCACUUUUCGUUGUAAGAUUGUUGACAAACACAUGGCCAUUUUAGCUCCGAAACACAUCGAAGCCAAGUUCAUGAAAAUCAAUGUGGAGAAGUGUCCGUUCCUGGUGGAUCGUCUUAGAAUCAAAGUCAUCCCUACUAUAUGCAUUGCCAAAGAGGGUCAGACUUUCGACUACAUUGUAGGGUUUGAUGAUCUGGGUGGCAUUGAUGAGUUUCCCACUGAAAUGCUGGAAUGGAGACUGGGACGUUCAGAAGUGAUCAACUAUAAUGGAGACCUUUUAAACCCACCCCUCCCUCAAGCCUCCAAGAAACCAUCAAAGUCUGUAUUUGGGUACGAGAAGAAAAAGGCUAUUAGAGGAAAAGAUGAUGAUGAUAGCAGUGAUAAUGAUGACUGGUAGAUUUGACAAGGACAGUUAUGACACUCGUAUUUAUGCUGUUUGACUCCAGUCAUUUGACAUUACAAAAUGCCAGUCUUAUACCACUAAGCAGGAAGCUUGUUAAGAAAGCUUCAUAAAGAUGUCACCUUUCACAAAUACAUUAUACGUACCACACAAUGACGUAUACGUCGAUAAUUGUUGUAAUGCAUCAUUUAAGCAUUAGCUUGGAUGUAUUGUACCUCAUUUUAUCAUGCCUCUGCACUGAAAGAUUAAAAUGUAGUUCUCAUUGCACAAAGUUGAAGUGCCGAGAUCCAUUAAUCUAACAGCUCUAUGUAUUUUUAACCUCCUAGCACUAGUAUGUCAGGAUAUGUCAGCUUUAUGUGAUGACUUGACAGAUCAGAAUCCAUGUUGAUGGAAGUUUAAUUAACCUGCCUGUGAUCUAAUUUACAGUACAUGUAUAUUUAAUGUGAUUACUUUUCUUACACCAGUACAUGUGCUUCAUCUUUGGCCAUAUUCAUUAAAAUUCUGCAAGACU